AGUCCUUACCAGUGAGCUAAUAGCACAAAUGGGAACUGCCUCAAAAAACAGGGAAAUCCCUUCACACUUUACCCCAUAACAAACCUAAUUAGACUCUACAGUGUCUCGGCCUUCUAAAGAGAUCUCUGAACUUCUUUGUGAAUGAGUUGAUACACCAACAUUUAUGUGAAAAUGGAUUCACUGCACAUUAGUGAAGGGGCUUCUCCCCUAUAUAAAGACCAUGAAACCCACAAUGACUACAAAGCCCAAUCCACAGUCCAUAACCAUCUCCUCCAUAAACCUUCAUAAUGGAAGACAUCACAACUGAAGGAAACAGAGACCUAGGCAAAGCUUUGUGCAUCAUCACUGGAGCUUCCAGAGGCUUUGGACGCACCCUGGCACUGCAAGUGGCCUGCUUAGUGAAGCCCCAGUCAGUUCUCCUGCUAGUGGCCAGGUCAGUGGAGCAGCUGAAGGAGCUGAGGGAGGACAUAGUGACGCUUGAUGCGGGGCAAAAGAGGCUGGUGGUCCACUGUGUGCAAGCGGAUCUGGAGAAAAAGGAAGGUGUGGAGAAGACAGUGAGGGCAGCUCAGCAAAUAGACUCAUCUGUCAUUGAUCACUUACUAAUUAUCAACAAUGCAGGUUCUUUAGGUGACGUGUCACGCUUUACUUUGAGCUUUACUGAUCCAGUGGAGGUGAACCAUUACCUGUCUCUGAAUGUGAGCUCCACACUAAGUCUGACUGCUGGUGUUCUGCAGGCGUUUCCUCGGCGAAUGGGACUGCAACGUACUGUGGUUAACAUCAGCUCCCUGUGCGCCCUAAAGGCUUUCCCUUCCUGGGUGCUGUACUGUACGGGUAAAGCAGCUCGUGACAUGAUAUUCCGGGUGCUGGCAGCAGAAGAGCCAGACAUAAGAGUGCUCAACUAUGCACCUGGUCCUCUGGACACAGACAUGCAGGCCGAGGCGCGAUACCGCUCUGGAAACAUGAAGCUCCGCUGUUCUUUCUCCUCCAUGUUCUUCAAAGGUCAGCUGGUCUCCUGUCAGGAGUCUGGAGCCAAACUGAUGAGGCUGCUGCUAGAUAAUGACUACCCCUCUGGAGCUCAUGUGGACUUCUUCGAACUCUAAACAAUAACUAGAACAUUCAGAGCUUUGGAGUGAAAGGACUCAUGGGCUCUUUUACACAUAUGUUCCCUGAAAAGUAAA